AUGAAAAAAAAAAUGGCAUCACCAUGCUUAUUUAUAAGAACUCCCGACACCCACAAACGUGUGCUUAUUAAGAAAUUCAUGGGAGUCUUCUUUGAUUUUGCAGGAGAAAUGCCGAACCAGCAGCGUCCAUGGCGUCUAUCGCUGUUCAUCGUCUUCUUCCUCGUAGCAACGUUCUUUAAUCCGUCUUUGGCCGAUGUUGGCACUGCUGCCCAUUACAGCCCCCCAUAUCUUCCCACCGCCUGCUUCGGGAACGAUGCUUCCCAGUUCCCGACGAACAACUUGUUCGCAGCGGCAGGGGAUGGAAUAUGGGACAACGGAGCUUCCUGUGGACGGCAAUACUUGGUGAGAUGCAUCAGUGCGGCUACCCCAGGAACUUGUAAUCCAAGUCAAACCAUUCAAAUCAGGAUAGUUGAUCGAGCGGAGACAUCGGUGUCUAGGCCUUCCGCCAAUGGUGCUACCAUUAUUCUUUCCAAUACUGCUUUCGGCGCCAUUGCAAACCCCUCCGCCGCAUCUGUUAACAUCGAAUUCCAACAGGUUUGAAUUUUGAAGAUUACCGUACCUCCACAGUACCUGCUUGAUGAAGCUUUUGGAUCAUUUCUUUUCGUGUUUUAGAGAACUCCAUUAAUCUACUAAAGCCAAAGGGUUUUUUCUUUUUAUUUAUUAUCAUAUAUAUACAUUUUUGUUUUUCAAUA